AUGGUAUUGGUGGACGAGGAGACUGUUCGAGAAGGACGACGGGUGACUGCAACUCUACUGGCUGCGUUUCGGUAUGGCCGUGAAGAUUUAGAUGUUUAUCCCCCAAAUCCGUCACAACAAACGCGACCGCUCACACGUCUUCAAGAGCGAUUAAAAAGGAAGCUGGGCGAUUUGGCGUUCCCGUUCUGGUUUGAAGUCCCACCACGCAGUGCUAGCAGUGUUACUCUUCAGCCAGCACCAGGCGAUACUGGAAAGCCAUGUGGAGUGGAUUAUGAACUGAAAACUAUAGUUGGAACCCCAGAUUCGACCACAAGUGAUCGUCAGCGACGAAAUAGCAGUGUACGUCUGGCGAUCCGAAAAUUGACGUAUGCUCCAUGGGAAGCGAGGCCUCAGCCGACAGCUGAUAUGUACUAUCAUGGCGAAUCGAUUGCAGUAAAUGUGCAUUUACAAAACAAUAGUAAUAAGUCAGUGAAAAAGUUGAAGGUGAGUGUUGUUCAAGUGGCAGAUAUUUGCCUUUUCACAACCGCCUCUUACACAUGUGAAGUUGCACGGGUUGAAAGCGCUGAAGGUUUUCCUGUUGGACCUGGCGCGACACUUUCAAAAGUGUAUUCUGUAUGUCCGCUAUUGCGUAACAAUAAGGAUAAACGUGGUUUGGCUCUGGAUGGACAGUUGAAACAUGAAGAUACAAAUCUGGCCUCAAGCACGAUAAUGCAACCAUCAACAACGAAAGAAAGCCUUGGAAUAGUUGUUGCCUAUCGAGUAAAAAUACGAGCCGCAAUUGCUGGACCCCUUGGAGGAGAAUUGGUAGCUGAGCUACCGUUCACUCUAACUCAUGCAAAACCUGCUGAAACUCCAGAAAGGAGGGAACGAUCCAUAACCAAUCGACCUGCUCAAGGAGAUACUGGCCCGGAUCCAUUGGAUAUCGACUUGAUACAGCUUAAUGAAGAAAUCAACGAUAUGCGUAUGGAUGAUGAUGAUCUGAUCUUUGAAGACUUCACUCGUCUUCGUCUUAAAGGAGCCGAUUCAACGGAUGAAGCAUCUCCAAGCGUACAGCCGCCAAGUUUGAUUUGA